AUGACAGAUGUUGCAGACACCAUUACUACUAUUCAAUCGUCGAAGAGUGGCUGGGAGGAUUUUGUAGCUGGGAGCUUUGCUGGCAUGGCGCAAGUUGCUGUUGGACAACCUCUGGACACUAUAAAAACGCGACUCCAAAUAGAGACUACAAGAUUUAAAGGCCCAAUGGAUUGCUUUUUACAAACUGUCAAAAAAGAGGGACCUUUCGCUCUUUAUAAAGGAAUGGCUAGUCCAUUAAUUGGAAUUGGUGCUGUAAAUGCAUUACUUUUCGCAGCUUAUUCGCGUUUAAAAGAAAUUCAAGCAACCCCAUUUGUUGAACAACUGGAACUUUAUAAAAUUGCGAUCGCUGGUGGAGGUGCAG